AUGCCGGCCGCUCGCAACCACCUGCCCGGCGGCGCCCUCCUCAUGCCCGACUACUUGAAACCCCAACUCCCCACCGUCUGGCACGCCAUCCAGAGCUUUCUCGCCCUCUUUGCCGUCCUCGUCAUCCUUCGCUUCCUCCUGCAGACCCUCUGUGCCCUGCCGAGACCGACACGCCCGCCAAGCAGGCUGCCUUGUCGUCACCCCGCCCCACGCUCGCGCCGCCCAGCCCUGCCGCCAUCGGCCCCUGCACUCGGCGGCAUGAAAAUGGACAAGGAGGACGCGCUGCGCCGCGCCGCCCAAGGCGACCAGCCCGACCGCCGGACGGUUGACGACUCCGGCCCCCAGCGCGGGCGUCUUGCCGCCGCCCAGCCCUUCCUGCCGCCCGCGCCGCCGCUGACGCCGCCUGAGCUCAGCGCCGCCGUGUUCCCCUUUGCCCCAGACCACCAGCCGCCGCACGCCAUGGACGGCUUCAUUCGCCAGCCCAACCCAGACUACAACUACAACUACAACCCCUGCAACACAGCCGCCGCGUCCUCCCCAGCUACGCCGCCGCGACGCCUCUCCUACCACAGGGUGCUGGGCAUCUCCCCCUUGGCCGGCGGCAGCAGAGCGGCCGACGCCGACUUUGCGCCCAGCUCGUACCCGCCCAGCAGCCCGUUGUUGCCGCCGCCGCCGCCGCCGCCGCCGCCGCCCCCGGCAGCACCCGCCGAUGACCAGGCCCGGCGACGCGUCGACGUCAAGGGGGAAAUCAUCUCGGCGCUGGACGGUCAAGGGGCGGGCUGGACGCGGCACACCCGCGUCUACGGGGGGGGCGUUUGCCUGGCCUGCGCUGCGUCGGGCGCCGAGCACGGGGGCUUCUACGGUGCCACGGUGACGCCUGAGGAGAUGCGUCACGGGGCAGUCUCUGUGCAAUCGUAG